AGUCAGAAGCGGUACAAGUCUGUGCGUUGUUGUUUCAUUUUGUGAACUAUUUUUAUAAUCAGCUGAUAGUAUUUUGUUGUGUGUGAAUUAAUUAUUAUUUGUUGCGUUUGAUGUGUGAUGUGCAAAGUUGAAAUAUGUUGUGCCUUGGUGCAGCGACCAGUCAGAACUCCUAUCAUGGACAUGGUUCACCAGCCAAUUCUGGGAACAACACUGCCACUAUGCGAGGUGACAGACUGGUGUCAGUGAAUGGCCAAGUGGUAGUGAACGGCGACAGCGCCAGACAGCUGCUGGAUGCAGCUGGUGAACAUGUACAGCUGCAGCUGUUGCGGCAUGGGCUGCACUACAAGUCGCUGCCUGGCUGUCGGCUGAGCAGUCACAAGAAGCAGAGACCGGCUGCGGAGCCAACUGUAGCUGCGUUCAGUCCGGAGGACCAAAUGGGCUCCAACCUGAGUCGCAGCAAAGGUCUGACCGGCCGCAGGAGCCAGUCCAGUGGCAAUCUGUGCAAUGGCAAGUCUCUGCCGCCGGUGGUUGGCCGCUUCUUCUCGCCUUGUGGCCGCGAAAGUGUCCGGCCUCACGACCGCUACAAGUUGUGUGGCUCAUUGCCAAACCAUCUGGAUGCCCAGGAUGUGUAUGUGCAGAAUGAGCCAAUCACUGAUGAUCGGCUGGUUGUGGCUUGUGCUCCAGACAACAACAAUGAACCGCUGAAAACGGUCGCCGGUGAUUUGCAAAUGCGUUUGGGUGCUGUGCCUGAUUUGGAUCAAGGCUAUGGAUCUGGAAAGUCACCUGACCGAUCUAGGCUGCCGUUACUUACACCUGGUGAGUUGAAACUUCUAUAUUUUUGGUCAACUAGUUGUAAAUUACUGCUGAUCAAGACUGACUCCAUGAUCCCUGAGCAAGAUUGAUAAAAAUUUAGAAUACUUCAAUGAUAACAUUCUAUAAGCAAGCACAGAACCAUUUGAACAUGUUGAAAUGGUGCUAGUCUAUUAUGCCUGUACCUUGAUAAUCAAUCAUCAUGAUAUUAUAGGUACUGAUUAUGUGCACAUAUUACUUUCAGCUAUUUCCAGUGCCUAAGGACCAGACCACAUAAACCUUUUUACAAGCGUUUUUUUCAGGCGUUAACCCAAUCAGCCAAUCGGACAGCUCCCCUGCCCUGUCGACUCCAAAAACGCCGUCUGAAAACGAUUGAAAAAACGCUUAAUAUGGUCUGACCCUAACCAUAAGCCUUCAACACACCGACUCUAACUAUUCACUUC